UGGGCCCAGGCUGCUUGUGCUUCCCGUUAGCUGGCAGGCCUCUUGCCCAGCAGCCGGCACAGAGGCAGGGACUGUCCAGAGGCUGAGCGGGCAUCCUGCGCCCAGGUCCUGUCCGUGCAGGCUCCCGUCUGAGCAGGAGGGGAGCUUUCGCAAUGGCCGCCUUCCUUGUUUUGCUCCUCUGCGGUUUUCUGGUGGCAAGUAUGGGUGACAGCAGGGCUGGGAGUGAGGACGCAGAUGGGAGAGGCUGCGUGGCAGGCCGGGCUCCCCAUUGCCCCUCGGUGUCCCCCAGCGCCCAGAGCUGGACACACCCCGGCCAGAGCCAGCUGUUUGCAGACCUGAGCCCAGAGGAGCUGGCAGCUGUCAUGAGCUUCCUGACCCAGCAGCUGGGGCCAGGGCUGGUGGACGCGGCCCAGGCCCAGCCCUCAGACAACUGCGUCUUCUCGGUGGAGCUGCAGCUGCCCCCCAAGGCUGCGGCCCUGGCCCACCUGGACAGAGGAGGCCCCGCACCCGCCCGGGAGGCGCUGGCCAUCGUCUUCUUUGGCGCACAGCCCCAGCCCAACGUGAGUGAGCUGCUGGUGGGGCCGCUGCCUCACUAGCUACAUGCGGGACGUGACGGUGGAGCGGCACGGGGGCCCCCUGCCCUACUACCGGCGCCCCGUGCUGGCCCGAGAGUACCUGGACAUAGACGACAUGAUCUUUGACAGAGAGCUGCCCCGCGCCGCCGGGCUCCUGCACCACUGCUGCUUCUACAAACCCGGGGCACGCAACCUGGUGACAAUGAACACAGCCCCCCGGGGCCUGCAGUCCGGGGACCGGGCCACCUGGUUUGGCCUCUACUACAACAUCAUGGGGGCUGGGUUCUUCCUGAACCCUGUGGGGCUGGAGCUGCUGGUCGACCACAAGGCCCUGGACCCUGCCCGCUGGCACAUC